AAGACAAAAUGAAAAUGAAAGUAGAAAUGGGGACAGCUGGACGAAUUUUUUGCCGAGUUGAGUUAUAUUUUGUCAAUAAACUUUCUUUAUAUAUGAAAGCACGUGCUCAGUACAUUUUUUGAAUUUUGUCUUUACAUAAUUGUUUCUCAAACCAAACAAGUAUAACAUAACUUAAACCGGAACGGUUGCAUCGUCUUCUAUUUGCAUUUUAUCGGGCAAUCAAAGUGAAACUAAAAGUUAGUAAACAAACAAUGGGCAUUAUCACUAAAGUUAUUCAGUUUGUGUCAGUUUUGACACUUACUAAGUGUAUCGUUGAUCUGUUCAAGUUUUUAAGAUGGGAUGGAAGAUAUCAAUUGAAGCUGCCAUUCUUCGCGGGACAAAGUCGAGAGUCAGUUUUGCAAGCUAUUUUCUACGAUCUUGGUUUGCUGUUACUAUUUCUUUGUCAACACCGACUACUGGGCUACUUGAAGAACAAGAGCAAAGUGGACAUCACACCAAUAUAUGGACCAAUACACACUAUUACUUCAUCACUGGCUCUUAUGCUGAUGAUGACUCACUGGACCCCGAUUCCUACAGUGACGGUCUGGUUCUGGGAUGUGUCCGCCUACCCUUUACUGGUUCUCUUUCUUCAACUUGUCUACAUGUUUGCUUGGGCCAUGGUCAUCCUAGAAAAUAUGGUUUACAUAUUACAGACACAUGGAUUUCAAAUCAGUCAGUUGUGUACCCUGAGGAGGAAUGUCCAACCACCAGCGUCAUCUGACCUGUGGAACUUGUUCCCCCACCCUGGCCUCAUCUUUUUCACGAUCAUCCUGUGGGUGACCCCGACCUUGACCUUAGACAGAUGGCUCCUGGCCACGGUGCUGUCUUGGUACAUUUACGUCCCACGGCGAGUAACUCGGGAAGACUACAAGUACUUCUGUAAAUGUUACAGUUAUGUGGAGUAUGAGGAGCAGCAGGUGUCAUACUGAUGAGACAUGCACAAUGUCACGGGAUUAACAUACACUUCUAAACACUCGUGAUAUUCCAAAGGACCUGUAUGGGGAUUGUUUUGAUAUUUUUUCUUGAUCGCUACUGCAGCUUAACUGAUGUGUUCUGCUAUUUAUGUAUUAUCGCAAUUAUUUUGUGAUGUCCAUAUAUUAAGAGGUAAAAUUGUUAUCAGUUUGAUAUUAUAAAUGAAUGUGUUCAUAUAAUGAUGUUUUUUAUUUUCUUCAACAAAUAUUCACUUUUAUGCAUUGGUAUUUUUGAUCAUGUUGGUGUUGUCAGAAUAUAUAUUAACUUUGUUUUA